AUCCGGAUACGCCCGCUGCAGAACCACGAUAGCGUCGGUCGGGAUGAUGUGGUCGUCGAUCUUGGGCCUCCCUGACACGAUCUUGCGGCAGUCCGUGGCCGAGGCCCGUCUGGGUGAAGCGGAGACGCGGCGCGCGACGCAAGCUUUCCAUCGAGCGUCGGGGCAUGGUCAGAUGACGAAGCAAGUGUUCGUGCAUUCCGUGGUGCGCGAACUGCUGCCCAACUUUCCCACGGCGCUGGCCGAGCGCCUCUUUGGAUGCAUCAACGUAGACCUGUCUGGUACCCUCAAGUACAAGGAGUUUAUCAGUACUGUGUGCGUUCUCAAGGUCGGCACCCCUCGAGAGCAGCUCAAACUCGUGUUCCGCGUGCUGGACAGCACUGAGUCGGGGUAUAUUACGCGCAAGGACGUCCGUACGAUGCUAUCGUGGGUGAUCCCGACGUCUGUAGACAUUGUUGACUCAGUGGAUGGCGGCGGUGGCGUGGCUUGUACCGCCGCGACGUUCGAGUCGACGUUGUUCGCCAAGGCCGAGAAACUCAAGUGGGAAACAUUUCGCGUGCGCAUGAUGUCAUCGGGCGGGUCGAUCUGUGCGGGUGGUCUCACGUUGGUCAGCUGGGUCCAUGCGCUCGGUGCUGCCAUGACCUUCCAGGAGCAUUCUCUUCCCACGACCCCCGUCGCGUCCGCCGCGCUGCUGCCGUCCAACGAACUCACCACGACCCCGUCGACGUUGCAUGUGCUGGGUCUGUACCAUGCUCCAACCACGCUGUAUCCCGAGAAGAUGGCGGCGCUGCACAACGGAUUCCAUCAUCUCCACGGGUUAUACGGCCACGGCGUUGGCGUGCCCAAGGACGUCCUGCACGACACAUUUGUCCGAUCUUCAGUCUUUCCAGCGAGCUACUUGGACAGCUUCAAUAUGGACAAUGGCCAAAGCCAAAACAAUGCAAUCAACUUGGCUCCGACUUUGCGGGAUUGGAUGCUGCAUCUCGCAUUUGCUGCGCACGAGUCUAUGUUAGAAGGCCUUCGGUGUCUCUUUGAUCUGUUUGCCGACUCCCAAACAGUCAACCACCACCACCCGACCAGCGCCGCCGCCGCCUCUGUGGACGGACAUGUAUCCGACUUGACGGAACUGCUGUACCAUGUCGUGCCAAGUCCAACAUAUCUCUUGCACGCUCAUGUGAUUCUUCAUACCCACGUGGCCCCGCCGCCCCUUGCCCAGCACAUCUCGCGAUGGGUCGACCAACUACUAGUCGCAUGUGACACGGUCACGUUUGCCGACUUUUGCGGCUGGUUGUCGAGCGAGCAGCCCGAUCUGCUGCACGCUUUGCAUGAAUGUUGCGACAUGGUGCACGUCCGUCUGCUCGGCGCGGCCGUCGAGCCCGCCACCGCCAUCCAAAUCGUCCACGGUCUGCUGCAAGUGUACCACCCCACUACAAACCCAGGGGUACCCGGCCAAGCAUGGUUCCGUGUAGACAGGGCGAUGAUGUGGACGCCAUUCCUAGCUCUAGACGAUAGCCACAUGCUCGCGGCCAAGCUGCCAACGAACAACGGGGACUUCCAUCGUCAUGAUGAUAUAAACGACGAAGUGUUUGUGAAUCGAGCCACGUAUGACGCGCUGUGCCGAUUCUACGCGAUCAUGUGUGCUGAAUGUCGUACACAUGGGAGGAAUUCCUUUGCUCCAGUCGAACCCAUAACGGCGGCGGCGGCGGUGGUGCGCGUCACCAAUGACCAACGGCAGUUGGAAUCCAAAGUGUACACAAUCACCAUCUUGGCGGAAGCAACAACAGACGCCGCGGCGGCGGGACCCGCGAACGGAAACGUUGGCUCUAGCGUGUCCAGCGUUGUCUUGAGCAGUCGCACGCCACUGGACUCUGUCCCAAGCUUGCUGCACAUGGCCACGACGAAAGCUUCUUCUUCAUCAUCUCCAGCCUCAGACGUGUUGUUAUAUCGACCUGUGGGUGGGGCAGUGUGGCUACCGUGGCAACCUUUGACGCCAACGACUGACCAUUCAAGGUCCACUACAACGUUGGCUUCGUUUCUGUCGAGGUCGAUCGAAGCGGCGUGGGGCCAGCCGCCGCCUUCUACUUUUUCGUCCAGUGCCGAGAUGCCACCACCACCAGCUUCCAUCUCCCCAUUACCCCCCACCAGAUCAACGCCUCCUUCCAUGACAUGUGCUGUAGGAUUGAGCAACCUAGGCAACUCGUGCUUUAUGAACGCUGUGCUUCAGUGCCUGUUUCACACAACGCCGUUGCAAGAGUACUUUGUCUCACAAGCGUACGUGUACGAUGUGAACGUGACCAACACACACGGGAUGCAGGGGGUGUUUGCGGCCGUGUAUGGCGACCUGGCGCGCGCCAUGGCAUCCCCCAACCGGUCGCGCCCCAUCGCGCCCCUCACUUUUAAAGUAGCGAUUGGCAAGUUAUACCCCCAGUUUCAAGGCCACCUCCAGCACGACGCGCACGAGUGUCUAUCGGUACUUCUCCAAGGACUCAACGAAGACCUGAGUCGACCCCUCGUUUCCCCCCACAGCCCAAACAAAGCUAACUCUAUCCAAACAACCAAGCCAUACGUGGACCUACCCGACAGCAACAACCGACCGGACAGCGAAGUCGCGUACGAGUGGUGGCGCGCCCACGUGUUGCGGGACCCGUCAAUCAUCACGGCGCUGUUCACAGGGCAGUUCAAGAGCGCUGUUGACUGCUCCCAGUGCGGACAAACAUCCAACCGAUUCGAACCGUUUUCGUUCCUCCAAGUGCCGCUGCCGGCGUCGUCCAGUCGGUGGCGCACCAUCUACGUCCAUCUAGGCCACGGCCAUCGGAUUCAAAAGCGUAAAAUCCAAUUGCAGUCGACGGCCGUGGUUGCCGACCUCCUAGCGGCCCUCGAUGACCAGAACGGAGCCCAGACAUGUUCGACCCAUGCUUCAGUCGUCGUUGCGAUUGUACACAGUCACAAAGUCCAUAGCAUUGUCCAGCCCAAGCAAGUGCUAGCAGACAUUGCCCAAGACCUUCACGUGUACUCUUAUGAUGGCUUGGCCGCGCCUUUGUCUGGGCUGCCGUCGCCUCGCCGGUACCAGUGUGUGUACCGUCGGCAGCGGUUGGUUCCGUUUUACUUUUUGCAGCCAUUUCGUGUGCAGCUGUACGGCACGCCGCUGUUGGUGCCGUCGGCGACACCUAUGACCGGUCGCGAUUUGUAUAAGUGGGUGCACACCCACCUGCCUCCAUCCCCCCCGUCGCCGCUGUCGACCUCGUCCCCCGACAUGGACAAGUCCGUCUACUUUGGCCUGCCGCCCGCCUUCCAUCCCACUUGGCCGUUUACAUUGCGCUACGUCCGGGCGUCGGACGGCCUUGCAUGUUCCAGGUGUCCAUGGACGUCGGCAUGUGUCGGGUGUCCUGUCGAUCCGGACGGAGGCGGCGGCACCGCCGACGACGAUGACGGCAAAAACGGCAAAGUUGAAAAUACACAAGGAUUAAACAACCACCUGGUGGUGUUGCAACCGCAUGAAAUGCUCGCGAUUGAUUGGGGCCUUGAAACUACUGCGGCGCCCGUGGACCUUCAUAAGUCGUACGUGCAAUUCCACGUCACGCCUCCGCCGGCCUAUCCACUGGAGGAAUGUGUGGGCAUGCUGUGUUCAGAAGAAGUGGUCGACAUGUACUGCAGUCGGUGUCUCACGUCUGUGGCCCAUACAAAACGUCUGGCGCUGUGGAGCACGCCGCCGAUCCUUGUCGUGCAACUCAAGCGAUUCCAAUCGAUUUCCGAAACCCAGUCCAUGGUCAAAGCCGACGCGUCGAUUCGGUUCCCGGCCACGUUAUCAUUGGCGCCAUUCUUGGCCGCCACCACUACCAAGUCGACCAAUCAGCCCAACACACCACCCAUGCCACCACCGUGCGAUACCGUGAACAACGCCAUAUGUGACAAGGAGGACGACCAAAAGCCGGACGAUCCGGUGCCGACGCCGUUUGUGUGGAAAGAUGACAUUGCCGUGACGUUUCCGUACCCGACGGCCGCGACGGACCCGCCAGGGUACGACCUCUACGGCAUCGUGUGCCACGUGGGGGUGCUGGGCGCGGGCCACUACGUCGCGUACGUCCGCGACCGGACGACGUGGUGGUGUGUGGAUGACAUGACGGUCUCCGUUGUGACUAACCUGAACCUGUCGACGCUCAUGUCGGCGGCGUAUUUGCUGUUUUACCAGCGCCGAGACAUGGCGGACGUGGCCAUGGACUGCUGGUUUCCGCGGUCGGACGCUUCGAAUGGCAUCCACGUGAACGUGGACGAGCUCCGCCGGCAAGUGCACACGUGGACCAAGCCACCGAAACGACGAGGAGAAGGAGGACGGGCCACCUCCCUACAACUCACACGACCCAAGUCCAAGUAUUGGUUCAAUUGGAGCUGGCGAUGAUGAUAUAGCAUGUUAAGGAGUCGCGUGAGUACUGGUGGAUAAGUUGGUUAGAAGUGUGACGUUCGAUGUGCGAUGUAUAACACUUUUCACAGUCCAGUGCAACUUGCAUCAAAAUUGGCC